AUGGCGGAUUCAGAUCCCUUACUGAGUGAUCUCUGCUCAAUAUGCCAUACCAAUCCUCCCAAGUACCGCUGUCCACGCUGCUCAACACGCACCUGCUCUCUACCCUGCACACGUCGCCACAAACUCUGGUCGCAAUGUUCCGGCGUGCGCGAUCCAGCCGCAUACUUAAAGCGCCAAGAACUAAACACUCCAUCUGCGUUCGAUCGCGAUUUUAAUUUCAUCACGAGUAUCGAGCGCACUCUCGAGCGCGCGGAGAGAGAAGUUGAUAACCGCGGGAUUGAUCUUGCGGGUGGUGCCCAGGCCGACGAUGAUAAUUCCGAAGGUUCCCAACAUCCGACUACUGGCCGUAAAAGGAAGCACCCGAACCAGGGCCUUGCCAAGGGUGAGGCUGCGUUCUUACGCGGUGCCGAAACUGCUGGUGUAAAAGUUCUUCGAGCUCCAAAGGGAAUGUCGAGGAAUAAGCAGAAUGGGUCGCGUUUGCAUCCCAAGCACAAGCGUCUUGCUUGGACCAUAGAGUGGAUUACGUCUGAUGGGCUGAAGACUAUUCGUGAUUCUGUCAUCGAUACAUGCUCUGUUGCUGAAGCCUAUAACCGUUGUUGCCCACGUCCGAAGGAUCAAGAGCCAGCUACCAAGCCAGUGAAGGAAGAGAAGAAAGAUUUGGACACCCAUAAUACAACUAUCGCUGCACCCGGUGAUCCUGUCACGACAGUGGUUGAAGAGGCAGAUACAAAACAACCAUCAUCCCCAAACAAAGACUCAACAAAAGAACCAGCUGAUGACUCAACUGAGCAAACGGAUAAAGUACCAAAUCAGACCAUCACCCCCCACCGCGGUCUCUACUUCUACCUUCACCGUCCGCGAACCACAACCAAAAAGCCUGUCUUAGCUCCUCUCUUGCAAUCCUCGACACUCAAUGCUGUUCUGCGCAAUCGGACAGUUCUAGAAUUCCCUACGAUUUAUGCACUGCUAGAGUCAGCAGAGACAUUGUUUUCAGACAAAGAUAACUCUAAAUUCAUAUCUGAAGAAGAGUAUCUUCGCACUGCUGGACCAGAUGAGAUAGGCCAGUCUUCUACCGCGAGUGACGAUGACGGUGCGGCUGGAAACAAAGUACUCGCCAGUUCUUCGGUGAAUCUUCAAGAUGUUGAUGAGAACCUGGUACUGGAGGUAUUGAAGAAAGAUCUAUUUGAACCAGUCUCGGAAACUGAGCCAAUCCUGCUGAUCGUGACAUCUCGACCAAAAGAGGAAACCACGAUCAGCGCGGCUUCUGUCGAGUCAAAGAUCCUUCGAGUUCACCUUCACUCCACCCGGGACCACCUUGGGAAUAUCAAAUGCUCCAGGAUCAUCAUGAAAACUAACGUUUUGUCCUUCGGGAUCACCGUGAUUUAUCUCGGCACGGUAGCAUCAGCCUUAUUAGUUGCCAGACCACCGUCGCAGUUACCAGCCAAGAAACGUCCACAGGGAUGCGAUUGCUACACAAUAUCCGGGCCUGAUCCGGGAUAUUUUCAGCACUACAAGGUCUGGGACUUUCGGGCAGUGGAUUUGAAGAAACAUGCCAAUCUCAAUCUGUCGAAGCCCAUUGAUUAUGACGACGAGGACUGGGACGAUGACGCUGAGGCCGAGGGCCAAGAACCGCAAAAUGGCCGUCUCUCGCCCGGAGUCCAUAAUGAGAAAGACCCGGACCCCAGAUCGCUGUUGUUCUACAAAACCUCAUUCGAGAAAGACUGGAGCAGUCAAAACUGGGAACGUCGAGGCACCCCCAUAGCCCCAGUCCUCAUGAUAAAUUCAAAGCACAACGUCUUCCUCACCCGGGACUCGGACCAGAAUAAUCCUCACGCGACGUAUCUCGUCCUGCGUACCACUCGUUUUUCAGAAUACACCUCCACCGCGGAAAUCGAGACUCGCAUACGCAAUAUCUACCGGUGCUCGCUGCGUGUCCGGCUGCGAUUAUUGCCAGCCGGCUCCGUCGUAUCGCAACCUCCUCAGCAUAAAGAAUGGCCACCGCGGGAUCCACAACGGCAUCCCACCGUGCCCUUGAACAAGACGAUUCCGCUCCGUGAUAGCAGACCACCUGAUGGCGCUUGUGCUGGCAUCUUCACCUACCAUGAUUCGACCUGUGAAUCUGACAUUGAGAUUUUGACGCGAGACCCGUCACAUCGCGUGCAUUAUGCCAAUCAGCCCGAUUAUGAUUUUGCCGCUGAUCACGAGAUUCCCAAUGCGAGUACCAUUGCCGAUAUACCUGUCCCAUGGACAACAUGGUCCACGCAUCGCCUAGACUGGCUCUCGGACAUGUCACGGUGGUAUGUCAACAAUCAGAUACAGGAUGCCAAAUCGUACAGAGUUCCCGAGUUAGAGAGCAUGAUUGUACUCAAUCUUUGGAGUGACGGCGGACUCUGGACGGGCGACAUGAGAAUUGGCGACAGUAUAUACAUGGGCAUUGAAUACAUCGAGCUGGUUUACAACCGUUCUUCUGAUGCUUUCAGGGCCCCUUAUGUGUCUCCUUCGCAAAACCAGGCCCCUCCCACGAAUGGUUCUUUUGGCAAUGGGAAUCCAUUGGAGCCGGAUAGAAAGGACGAAAAGUGCAAGCCAGGACUUCCCAGGCAGACUAUUCCUGGUUUCGACUGGCUUGCUUGUUCUGUCCUCUAA